AGUGUUUGUUUUUCAUCAAAAAAAAAAGAAGUGUUAGUUACGGCGUUAACGUAACAAUAACAGAAAGCCAAAGAGAGCAUAGCGUUUCUCGGCGUCACUGUGAAGCCAACCCAAAACCCUACUUGAACCUUAUUUCACUUCAUUCAUUCUCAUCGCCAUCACAACCACCAUGUCUCUCAGAUUUCUCCGAUCUCGUUUCUUUUCCGUCGCAUCCAAACGAUUCCUCUGCACCAAUGCAGCUCCUGCUACUCCUCAACCUCCUCCUGGUUCCGUCACUUCUCCUAACCGCUGGAAUUUCCUCAAAUACACCGUCAUCGGUGCCUUAACUGGAACCACUGCCCUCACCGGUUACGCCUCUUACGCUUAUAAUUUGGACGAAAUUGAUGAGAAAACAAAGUCCUUUCGUGAAUCGACGAAGUAUACUCCGGCUGAUGGAGCUACUUCUCUCGAUAAGUUUCAAGGGAUGUUAUACUCAACUGCAGUGACAGUGCCUGCUAAAGCAGUAGAGCUGUAUUUGGAUGCAAGAAGGUUAAUUGAAGAACAAAUUAGGAGUUAUACGGAACCAUACACAGAUAAACUCCUUCCAGAUUUGCUUCCUCAAGAGCAACAUGUGUUCACACUUGUUGUAGAUCUCAAUGAAACAUUGAUUCACUAUAUUUGGAAGAGAGAUACUGGCUGGCAGACUUUUAAAAGACCUGGAGUUGAUGCUUUCUUGGAACAUCUAGCCCAAUUCUAUGAAAUAGUGGUGUAUACAGAUGAACAAAAUCAGUUUGUAGAUCCUGUUAUAGAAAGGCUGGAUCCCAAGCACUGCAUUAGGUACAAACUAUCAAGGCCUGCUACUAAGUAUCAGGAUGGGAAACACUAUAGAGAUCUUUCAAAAUUAAAUAGGAAUCCUGCAAAAGUUAUGUACUUGAGUGGUCAUGCUUUAGAAAGUUCCUUACAACCUGAAAACUCUGUUCCUAUUAAGCCAUGGCUGCAUACUGAUAAAGAUGAUACAGCUCUUGUAGAUUUUAUACCAUUCCUCGAGUUUGUUGCCCGUAGUAGUCCGGCUGAUAUACGACCAGUGCUACAGUCUUACCAGGGACUUGAUAUUCCAAGUGAAUUCAUCCGACGUUCCAAAGAGCAUAUCAGGAAAAAACAGCAACAAAAAAGCUUCUGGAGAAAUUGAUCGAAUAACAAUAUUGAAUUGGAUGACACAAGUUUGGCGGCAAGCUGAGGAAAAGAUUGUCAGUUUCAUGAUUGAUUAGCCAGUUCACCAAAGUUUUUUGAAUCCAAUGCAAAUCUAGGAGUGAUUAAACCAAAUAGAUAAAAUGUAGCUUUUUUCUAGUCUUGAACCAUAAUUUUUUGGCCUACAUAAUUCCUUUGCUGGAAAGCACUUGUUGAUUUUAAAGGUUUUUGUUGUUUUUUGUCUAAUAGAAGAAUUAGUUCUUAAUGCCCUUGGUUUCCUGCAAGGCUACGUGCUUGAAUUUCUGUUAA